CCAAGAAGACCGGUAGCCUAAAAAGAAAACAAAGGAAUGGUGAAGCAAGUGUUGUUGAGCUCCAAAUACCCUUCAUGGAUGCUGUUUUCUGUACUUCUCAACCUGUUUCUUAUCGCCAACACUUUUGUGGGAGGUGAAUGGGCGUCCCUCCUCCUGAAUUGGAGCUCGAGAGCAGCGGCCGAAGCCGAAGCGGUGGCGGAAAUUGGCUGUUCGGGGCAUGGAAGAGCUUACUUGGAUGGCUUGCUCGGUGAUGGAAAUGAACCGGUUUGUGAAUGCAAUACGUGUUAUACGGGGCCUAACUGCUCUGAGUUUAUACCUCAUUGCACUGCCAACGCUGAUGGCGGGGAUCCAUUGUUUCUGGAACCAUUUUGGAUGCAGCAUUCAACCAGUAGUGCACUGGUAGUAUCAGGGUGGCAUCGAAUGAGCUACAACUACAAUGACAACACUUGGAUCUCGUCGCAGCUCGAAAGCCUCAUCCGAAAACUACAUGCAUUCGUCAGUAACGCAGUCACUCGAAACAGAUACAUUGUUUUCGGUGCCGGAUCAACCCAAAUCCUUAACGCGGCGGCUUAUGCAUUGUCUCUCGAAAACACCUCAUCACAGUCGCCUACACGAGUCAUCGCUUCCGUCCCCUACUACUCGCUCUAUAAGAAUCAAGUGGAAUAUUUCGAUUCGGAAAAAUUCGAGUUUGAAGGAGAUGAUCAUACAUGGAGGAAUACUUCAGCAAAUGUGAUUGAGUUUGUAACUUCACCUAAUAAUCCUGAUGGACAAUUGAACAAAGCGAUUGUUGAUGGCCCUAAUGUAAAAACAAUCUAUGAUCGUGCUUAUUACUGGCCUCAUUUUACACCAAUUCCAGCUCCUGCAGAUGAAGAUUUCAUGGUGUUUACGCUUUCGAAACUUACCGGUCAUGCCGGCAGCCGAUUCGGGUGGGCAAUUAUAAAGGAUGAAACUGUGUUCAACAGAAUGAUAAUACACAUACAACUCAAUUCCCUUGGUGUUUCCAAAGACACUCAGUUAAGAGCUUUUAAGCUUUUGAAAGCAGUCCUAGAAGAAGGAACUGAAAUAUUCGACUUUGGAUAUCGGACAAUGAAGAUGAGAUGGGACAGACUGGUCACGACCUUAUCCUUGUCGAACCGCUUCUCUCUUCAGAAAUUUAAUCCUCAAUACUGCAUUUUUUACUGUAAAAUCAGAGACUUUUCACCAGCUUAUGCAUGGGUAAAAUGUGAGAGAGAAGAAGAUAAUGAUUGUCAUGCAGUUCUCAAGGCAGCUAAUAUCAUUGGUCGUCAAGGAAAUGUGUUUGGUUCGAAAGAUCGCUAUGUUCGACUCAGCCUGGUUCGAAGCCAAGAUGAUUUCGAUAUAUUAAUACAACGAUUACAAAAAUUAGUCUCGGAGGAAGUCGGGAGCCAGACUACGUGAAGGAUGAGAUCAACAUUUGUUGAUCAAA